CGAACGUCACCGCCGCUCUGCCUACUUUCGUGUGUUUCCUGUGUUAUGGCCGCUUGCAUAGGGAGGAAGAGAGAUGAGGCAUGCUUGUAAAUAAACUUUUGGGCAGGUGCGUUCAGGAUGGCGGUGACGCAGCUGCUUAUGCUGCUCGCGAGUAGGUCGACACUCCACUCACGAAGGAGGUACAGCAAGUUCCGGUUGUCUCCAGCCCUGUCUGAGCGCCUGCGAGUCUUUGAGUCUCUCAGGGAACAAAGAGACAAGAACAGGAGACAAAAAGUUAGAGAAAGCCCUCUCUCUGUCCGCCUAACUAAUGGACAGACGGUGAAGGGAACAGCUGGAGUAACCACACCGCAUUAUGUUGCACAGAGUCUGAGGGUGAAAGGAGUCCUGGUGUGUAAAGUGAAUGGGGAGCUGUGGGAGCUGGGACGACCUCUAGAGGCAGACUGUGAACUACAGCUUCUGGGGUUUGACUCGGCUGAAGGGAGACAGGCAGCAUGGAGGACAGGAGCGUGUGUCCUUGGCGGUGUGUUGGAGGGGGUGUUUGGUGCAGAGGUGUGCAGGGAAGGAGCGUCGGAGCUCGGACUUUUUUGCGACCAUAACCCAAGCAGCAGUUCUUUGUCGCUGAGUGAUGUGGAGGCAAAAUGUAAGGAGGCUGCAGCCCUCAAACUUCCUUUAAUCGGACUGGACAUGAACACCGCAGAGCUUCAUGAACUGUUUCAGGACAGUAAACUGCGGAUGCAGCUUGUUGAGGAGCAGAUUAACGACCCCACGGUCACAGUCUACAGAUGUGGGGACAGGUUAGCGGUGUGUGACGGGCCUCUCCUCCCACACACCGGUUUCCUCAAGGUCUUUAAGAUGCUGCAGCUGUCCUCCAUCACGGUGUCCAACCAGACAGACUCCAGUGGCUUAACGCGUCUGCUAGGUGUGGCGUUUCCAGGAGAGAAGGACAGGGAGGAGUGGGAGAGGGAGCAGGAAGAGGCGCGGAGGAGAGACCACCGGCGGAUAGGAACAGACCAGGAGUUGUUCUUCUUCAACGACGUGAGCCCAGGCAGCUGCUUCUUCCUGCCUAAAGGAGCCCACAUCUACAACACACUCACUGACUUUAUUAAGAGCGAGUACCGAAGGCGAGGCUUCACCGAGGUCGUGACCCCGACUCUUUACAGCACUGCUUUAUGGGAGCGCUCGGGCCACUGGGAGCACUACAGCGAGAACAUGUUCACCGUGACCUCGGAGGGCGCUCAGACCUUCGCUCUGAAGCCCAUGAACUGUCCUGCACACUGUCUCAUGUUUGAGCAUCGGGUUCGCUCGUGGCGGGAGCUUCCUCUGCGCUGGGCCGACUUCGGGGCUCUGCAUCGUAAUGAGCUGUCUGGAGCUCUGGGAGGGCUGACUCGCGUCCGGAGGUUCUGCCAGGACGACGCACACAUUUUUUGCACACCGGACCAGCUGGAACAGGAGAUUGUGGCUUGUUUGGACUUUGUUCGGAGCGUCUAUCAAGUGUUUGGGUUUUCCUUCCACUGCUUGCUGUCCACACGUCCCACUCCGUGCCUGGGGGAGCCUGAACAGUGGAACCACGCCGAACAGCAGCUGGAGAAGAGUCUGCAGCAGUUUGCCGAACGUUGGGAGCUGAACCCCGGAGACGGAGCUUUCUACGGACCAAAGAUUGACAUCCAGAUUAAAGAUGCAAUUGGCCGACAACACCAGUGUGCCACAAUCCAGCUCGACUUCCAGCUGCCCAUCAGAUUCAACCUUCAGUACGUCGGACGAGACGGACAGCUGCACAGACCAGUGAUGAUCCACAGGGCUGUACUGGGGUCACUGGAGAGAAUGAUCGCUAUACUGGCUGAAAACUUUGGAGGCAAAUGGCCGCUGUGGUUGUCUCCGUCUCAGAUCAUGGUGAUUCCUGUAGGGGGCAACAGUGAGUCAUAUUCUAGACAGGUGGUCGCGACGUUCCACGAAGCUGGCUUCAUGGUGGAUUUCAACAACGAUCCAGGAGCGACCUUAAAUAAGAAGAUUCGCUCCGCUCAGCUGGCCCAGUACAACUACAUAUUUGUGGUGGGUGAUAAGGAGCGUGAGAGUGGAGCAGUAAACGUGAGGAGCAGAGGGGGUAAACAGUUGGGCAGCAGACAAACAGAGGAGGUCCUGAGGUCCCUCAUACAUCUACGAGACACCAGGAGCAACCAAGAUGAGCUUUAACACCGGCUCAUUUCCUGGAUUAAAUCAUGGCUUCAUUCUCUGUUUUGUUACUUUAUUCUUUUUUUUUUUUUAUGAAUGUGAAUGCUAUCAGUUCUAAUAAAAGUACAUUAACAUUA